UCUACCGAUAACCAGGAACUAAAGCCACCAAAAAUGAGCUCUACCGGACUCUCUGUCCAUCCUUCAACACAUACAAACAAAAGGGUUGUUUUGUUUCUUUCUUUCUAGUAAAAAAGAAAGCCCAGCAUUAUGGAUACCCAGGUUUUGAUUAAGGCUUAAACUUCACCUGAAAAACUGAUCAUUUUCUGUUCCAAGUUUUGUUUUGUUUUGUUUUUGUUUGUUUUCUUCUCAGGUUUGCUAGCGAUGACUUCAAUGGCAAUUCUUGGUGUAUUGUUUUUACUGCUUGCUCUGUACUGUGGUUUAGACCCUUUUAAGCACAGUGCAAUCUCUGAAUUUCCUGACUUUGAGGCUUACAAGGUGGAUAUGCCUUCAUGGGAACUGGUUCCGACGGUUAAGGAUAAGGAUAAUUUGCUUCAGAAAUCAGAGAUUAAGUUCUUGAAGCAGGUUCAGGGCCCUGAAAGCUUGGCAUUUGACCCUCUUGGGCGUGGUCCUUACACUGGUGUUGCUGAUGGUCGGGUUCUCUUCUGGGAUGGUGAAAAGUGGAAGGAUUUUGCAUAUACUUCAAGCAAUAGGUCAGAACUAUGUAAUCCAAAGCCAUCACCACUGAGUUACCUGCCACAUGAGCAUAUUUGUGGCAGGCCUUUGGGCCUCCGAUUUGAUAAGAACACUGGUGAUUUGUACAUUGCUGACGCAUAUUUGGGGUUAUUCAAGGUGGGUCCGGAAGGCGGAUUAGCAGUAUCACUUGUAACUGAGGCAGAUGGGGUGCCUCUCAGGUUUACCAAUGACCUUGACAUUGAUGAUGAAGGAAACAUAUAUUUUACUGAUAGCAGCAGCAAAUACCAGAGAAGGAACUUCAUGCAGCUAGUUUUUUCUUCGGAGAAUAGUGGGAGGCUUCUGAAGUAUAAUCUACACACAAAGGAAACCACUGUUCUUAUGAGAAAUCUCCAAUUUCCUAAUGGUGUAUCCUUAAGCAAGGAUGGUUCUUUUCUUGUACUUUGUGAAGGAUGUCCAGGCAGAUUACUCAAGUACUUGUUGAAAGGUGAGAAAGCAGGGACUUCAGAGGUAUUUGCCAUCUUACCGGGAUUUCCCGACAAUGUCUGCACAAACAAAGAUGGUGAUUUUUGGGUAGCAAUUCACUGUCGCAAGUUCAUGUUCUCUCAUUUAUUGGGAUUAUAUCCAAAACUUAGGAAAUUCAUUCUCAAGCUCCCCAUCUCUUCGAAGAUUCAAUACCUGCUUCAUAUCGGGGGUAAGCUGCACGCACUAGUUGUCAAAUACAGCCCUGAGGGAAAGCUGUUACAGAUUUUGGAGGAUAGCGAUGGGAAGGUUGUCAAAGCAGUUAGUGAAGUUGAAGAGAGGAACGGCAAGCUAUGGCUAGGGAGUGUUCUCAUGCCCUUUGUGGCGGUUUACAAUUUGGCUUGAGUUGGCUAUUCUUUGCCAUACAAAGACUAGCAUGGCAUGCUGAAUGUGGCCAUCUUCUUCUCGGCUUUGUUUCCCCUUGAAAAGAUAGCAUUUAUGUUUGAAUGAUCAAUUGUAGUAUACACCUUUUAAUUUGAUAUCUAGGUGUAUACUUAUUAUUUGCAUGGACCGUAUUACAGAUAAGAGAUAGAAUGGAUAACUGCAUUUACAAGCAAGGAAUUGCAAGUAUGUCUUGUUUAAACAAAAAUGGAAAGCAACUCCUUUCCUGUGCCUGACAUUGUUUGUCCUAAAAAAAUUUUGCAAUUCAGGCAAUGUUAAUUCUGCUUGAAUAGCCUUUCCUUGUCUUUUUAGUCUAAUGUCUGAGCAACACAAUGAGAAUAAUUCUCCCAUGGCAGGGCUUCAUCCUAGAUUCUCAAAUACAAUCACCAAAAGUAUGGAGAACAAUACC